UUUUAAGCCACCAGAGCCACCUUCACAAGGGACACAAAGCCCAGCUGGAACCACCAUGAGGUCAGAGCCCACCGGUGCAGCAGGAAACGCCACGCCUGGGGUCACCUCCAUCCUCCAGACUGCUACAGCCCCCUCCUUGAAGACCUGCCACACUUCGUACGAGGAGAGCAGGGUGUUCCUGGUGGCGGUAUACAGUACAGUGUUUAUGCUGGGCCUGCCGGCCAACUGCCUAACUGCGUGGCUGACACUGCUGCAGGUGCUGCAGAGGAACGUGCUGGCCGUCUACCUGUUCUGCCUGUCGCUCUGCGAGCUGCUCUACAUCGGCACGCUGCCGCUUUGGAUCAUCUACAUCCAGAACCGGCACAAGUGGAACCUGGGUCUGCAGGCCUGCAAGGUGGCCGCUUACAUCUUCUUCUGCAACAUCUACAUCAGCAUCCUGUUGCUGUGCUGCAUUUCCUGCGACCGCUACAUGGCGGUGGUCUAUGCCCUGGAGAGCCGAGGCCAGCGCCACCAGAAGACUGCCGUCAUCGUUUCUGUGGUUGUGUUUGUUCUUGUUGGACUUGUCAACUACCCGGUGUUUGACAUAAAAAUGGAGAGGAGCUCCUGCUUUGAGCCCCUGGAUAUGAACAGUAAGAUAGCCAGCUACCACUACCUGCGUUUCACCUUUGGUUUUGCCGUGCCUCUCGGCACUCUAGCCUUCACCAACCACCAAAUCUUCAGGAGCAUCAAGCUGAGCUCGAGCCUGAGUGCUUCACAGAAAGCUAAGGUGAAGCACUCUGCCAUGGCAGUGGUCGCCAUCUUCCUGGUCUGCUUUGCUCCCUACCACUUAGUGCUCCUCAUCAAGGCUGUCAGCUUUUCCAUCAUCGGAGGGGACGAGGACGCCGUGUGCGCCUUCGAGGGCAGGCUGUACACGGUCUCCGUGGUGUUUCUGUGCCUGUCCACAGUCAACAGUGUGGCAGACCCCAUCAUCUAUGUGCUGGCUACGGACCAUUCUCGGCAAGAAGUGUCCAGAAUCCACACAGGGUGGAGGAAGUGGUCCACAAGGAUGUAUGUUACAGGCUUUAAGGACUCGGAGGAGACACGCUCACCCACGGCGCUUGCAAAAACCUACACCUUCCCCAAGCCUGUGCACCCUCCAGGCUCACAGCUGGCCGAGGUGGACCAGCUGGGCUUACGGUGCUCCCCAGAAAGACUGCCUGAGGAGUACUGUUAAGGCCACUCUUCCUCGGGAGAGGAUGCUAAGCCUCGAAACCUUUGAGCCGCCAUCUAGGGUGUCCAGAGCACCGUAGAUGCCUUUCUGGAGGACACAAUGCCGAUCUUUCCUUUCUAAGGCCACUCCUCAGCUCUGUAAAUGUCUAUUCCUUGGCUGUCCAGAACCUUCAGGCUCUCCUGAAUGGAAAGUGGCAGUGUUCUGAGGGCAUCAGUCACGGACGGGCCUAGGCUGCCAGGGACUCAGGGAGCAUGUGGCCGGCUGGAGAACUCAGCAGCAGCAGCUUGCUCAGCAGGGCCCUUGGCAGAGCGCUGGACGAUGACUAUUUUCUCCGCAUCCCUGCAUUGUUCGGUGGCUACAGCAGUGUUUAUGGGGACUUUCCACAGGGGUAGACAUGACCUGCAUCCAGCUGACCAUCGUGGUGACACAGCCAAAGAGCCCCGGGGGCUGGGAGUCUAACCAUGAGGGCUCCCACUGGGGAUUGGUUCUAUGGAGACAUAGGGGAGUCACGGUUGCCAGUUUCUCCAGCUCCUGAUAGCCCCAUUUAUCCUCGCUAGGGACCCCGCUACCGCUUACAUUAGGAAGAGCUCGUGGGCACCCCAGGAGGAGCACGGCGUGGUGCUGCCGGGUGUGUCUGGCACCUGGCAUGCCUUUCUUUGCCUUGCAACUCCUGGUGCUGGUAUCACAGGGGAAGUAGGCUGGCUCUCCUGAAAGGGCAAGCCAGGAGAAAGGCUCUGCACCCCAUUUUCUCCAACAUUAGAUUAGAGACAAAGGCCUGGCUCCGUCAUACCCAUGUUUUGUUAGCUACCUCACCAAGGCACUCACUGCUGGGACUGACCUCCUCCCCCAUGAGACUCCCACAUACUUGGAGUACAAGGCCUAGAGACAAUGACCUUGGCAGGCUUUGGAGCUGGCCCCUCUGGAGCCCAGUCACAGGAGUUGCACAGAGACAGUGACGAUAAGGGACGUCUGAAGUUAACUUUUGAUCUUCACUGUGAGAAGUGUUGAGAAAACCUGAGAAUAAGGCCACAAAAAUAGAAGUGGGUCCUAAUUUCCUUUUGUUGUUGUUUAUGUUUUGGUUUUUUUGAGACAUGGUUUCUUGCAGUUCAAUAAGUAGCAGAGGAUGACCUGUUCCUCUUGUCAUCAUUGCCCAAGAGCUGAGAUCACAAGCCUUUUAACUUCCUCUGUA